GGGCUGAAUUCUGUAUUUCCUGCUUCCAAGCCUCAAUCUUUGCAUCUGUAAAACUGGGGACUAGGGGAAUAUUAACUCCUAUCUUAUGAGGUGGUUGUGAGGGUUAAUUAUGACGUGUCACAUUCAGCACAUGACAGGGGCUCAAUAAAUGAACUCUUUCUUCCAGGUCUCUGUAUCGUCCACUCCCUUGGCUCAGCCCCACCCCUAUCUGCUCCACCUUCUAGAUCAGUUACCCCCACCAACCCCAAAUCUUCCCCACCCCGGGGAGUGUCACUUCCUCCUCUGCAGUCUCCCAGAUCAGUACACAAAGGCUGCUGCUGUCACCAGAGGAAGGGCUGCUCUGCACGCACCUGCCAUGGUGGCUUUGCCAGUGGUCGUUGUGUUGCUGCUGGUCCUGAGCAGAGGUGAGAGUGAGUUGGACGCCAAGAUUCCAUCUACAGGGGAAGCUACAGAAUGGCGGAACCCGCACCUGUCCUUGCUGGGGUCCUGCCAGCCAGCCCCCUCCUGCCAGAAGUGCAUCCUCUCACACCCCAGCUGUGCAUGGUGCAAACAACUGAACUUCACAGCGUCGGGGGAGGCGGAGGAGCGGCGCUGCGCCGGGCGAGAGGAGCUGCUGGCUCGCGGCUGCCCGCCAGAGGAGCUGGAGGAGCCCCGGGGCCGACAGGAGGUGCUGCAGGACCAGCCGCUCAGCCAGGGCACCCGCGGAGAGGGUGCCACCCAGCUGGCGCCGCAGCGGGUCCGGGUCACGCUGCGGCCUGGGGAGCCCCAGCAGCUCCAGGUCCGUUUCCUCCGUGCCGAGGGAUACCCGGUGGACCUAUACUACCUUAUGGAUCUGAGCUACUCCAUGAAAGACGACCUGGAACGCGUGCGCCAGCUCGGGCACGCUCUGCUGGUCCGGCUGCAGGAGGUCACCCAUUCUGUGCGCAUUGGUUUUGGUUCCUUCGUGGACAAAACAGUGCUGCCCUUUGUGAGCACAGUGCCCUCAAAGCUGCGCCACCCCUGCCCCACCCGGCUGGAGCGCUGCCAGUCACCCUUCAGCUUUCACCAUGUGCUGUCCCUGACGGGGGACGCGCAAGCCUUUGAGCGGGAGGUGGGGCGCCAGAGCGUGUCCGGCAAUCUGGACUCGCCUGAAGGUGGCUUUGAUGCCAUUCUGCAGGCUGCACUCUGCCAGGAGCAGAUUGGCUGGAGAAAUGUGUCCCGGCUGCUGGUGUUCACUUCAGAUGACACAUUCCACACAGCUGGGGAUGGGAAGUUGGGUGGCAUUUUCAUGCCCAGUGAUGGGCAUUGCCACUUGGACAGCAAUGGCCUCUACAGUCGCAGCACAGAGUUUGACUACCCCUCUGUGGGUCAGGUAGCCCAGGCCCUCUCUGCAGCAAACAUCCAGCCCAUCUUUGCUGUCACCAGUACCGCACUGCCUGUCUACGAGGAGCUGAGUAAGCUGAUUCCUAAGUCUGCAGUGGGGGAGCUGAGUGAGGACUCCAGCAAUGUGGUACAGCUCAUUAUGGAUGCUUAUAACAGCCUGUCUUCCACCGUGACCCUUGAACACUCUUCACUCCCUCCUGGGGUCCACAUUUCUUACGAAUCCCAGUGUGAGGGUCCCGAGAAGAGGGAGGGUAAGGCUGAGGAUCGAGGACAGUGCAACCAUGUUCGAAUCAACCAGACGGUGAAUUUCUGGGUUACUCUCCAAGCCACCCACUGCCUCCCAGAGCCCCAUCUCCUGAGGCUCCGGGCCCUUGGCUUCUCAGAGGAGCUGACUGUGGAGUUGCACACGCUGUGUGACUGUAACUGCAGCGACACCCAGCCCCACGCUCCCCACUGCAGUGAUGGCCAGGGACACCUACAAUGUGGGGUGUGCAGCUGCGCCCCCGGCCGCCUAGGUCGGCUCUGUGAGUGCUCUGAGGCUGAGCUGUCUUCCUCAGAUCUGGAAUCUGGGUGUCGGGCUCCCAAUGGCACAGGGCCCCUGUGCAGUGGAAAGGGUCAGUGCCAAUGUGGACGCUGCAGCUGCAGUGGACAGAGCUCUGGGCAUCUGUGUGAGUGUGACGAUGCCAGCUGUGAGCGACAUGAAGGCAUCCUCUGUGGAGGCUUUGGUCGCUGCCAAUGUGGAGUAUGUCACUGUCAUGGCAACCGCACAGGCAGAGCAUGCGAAUGCAGUGGGGACAUGGACAGUUGCAUCAGUCCCGAGGGAGGGCUCUGCAGUGGGCAUGGACGCUGCAAGUGCAACCGCUGCCAGUGCUCGGAUGGCUACUAUGGUGCUCUAUGCGACCAAUGCCCAGGCUGCAAGACACCAUGCGAGAGACACAGGGACUGUGCAGAGUGUGGAGCCUUCGGGACUGGCUCCCUGGCCACCAAUUGUAGUACAGCUUGUGCCCAUACCAAUGUGACCCUGGCCUUGGCCCCUUUUUUGGAUGAUGGCUGGUGCAAGGAGAGGACCCUGGACAACCAGCUGCUCUUCUUCUUGGUGGAGGAUGAGGCCACAGGCAGGGUGGUGCUCAGAGUGAGACCCCAAGAAAAAGGAGCAGACCACACCCGGGCCAUUGUGCUGGGCUGUGUAGGAGGCAUUGUAGCAGUGGGGCUGGGGCUGGUCCUGGCUUACCGGCUCCUGGUGGAAAUCUAUGACCGCCGGGAAUACAGUCGCUUUGAGAAGGAGCGGCAGCAACUUAACUGGAAGCAGGACAGUAAUCCUCUCUACAAAAGCGCCAUCACGACCACCAUCAAUCCUCGCUUUCAGGAGGCAGACAGUCCCACUCCCUGAGGGAAGGAAGGAAGGACACUCACCCAAGGCUCCUCUCCCUGGAGAACAGUGGGAACUGGGGGUGAGAAGGGUGGGUCUGUAAAACCUUGGCAGGGGACUAAUUAACUGGUGAGGAACGGUCACCACCCUACUUCACUUUCAGAGUGACACCCAAGAGGGCUGCUUCCCAUGGCUGCAACCUUGCAUCUACCUGGGUUACCCCCCCCCCCCCAAGUACACAAUAAAGUCUUACCUCAGACCAC